GAGAGAGAGAGAGAGAGAGAGAGAGAGAGAAGGAAAAAGUACGAGUGUCGUUCGUUCCUUGGCAAACGCGCACGGUGACGUUUUCAGAACGUGCGAACUGUAAAAAAUACUGCCGCGCGAUAACGGUAACGUCGCGCCGCUGCUCCUUUACGCGACUGGGACGCGAGGCGUAUUGGUGAGAACGAUUAUACGUUCGCCAAGUGCCGGCGCGAAGUACUCGGAUAAGGAUAAAGCUCCGGCUGGCCAUUUGAUCGGCCAUUCGCCGCGCGAAUCGUCCGUUUCGGAGCGCGCUGUGAGGCGACAAUAAACCGCGAAGAGAUCGCUGGGAGGGCGUUUUCCGCUUGCCAAGUGCGCCAUUACGUCACUCGGACAUUCCGUCGGACCGUUCUCUACACUCGUGUGUCUUGUUGCAUCUUAAUAAUAAGGAUCGAAGUGCAGUGUGCGCGAGGCUAGAUCGCCGGGGUGUUCGCGCGGAUUACCGUCAUCUCGCGAGAAGUGUGCGAAACGCGAGAACACGCGAAGAGGAGCCACUGCGGAGACGCGCGGUUGGACGAGGAGCGUGGCGAAAAUGAAGCAGUGAUUGUAUCAUAGCAUCGCAUAACUGACGUCAGCGGCACACGACUCGAGGGAGAGGAUUCGUGUAACGAGUCGCCCGAGACACGGGAGAGAGGGAGUUGCGUGCCGUGUGUCUCGAAUUAAAAACGCGAGCGCGUGUGUAUAGAAUGGUUGGGAAGUAUAAUUGAAAGUAAAAAAGCUCGCGCUCUCUAUCCGCCGCGACGGAUGGUCGUGAAAUCACGGUACGCGAGACGCGCGAGCGCUCGUAACAAUAUUGACAUUGUCAACGAACGUUGGGACUGCUCGUUAUCAAUAUCGAGGAUUACGCGCCUUCCGGCAUUCGCGCAAAGCAGCGGCAGUCGCCGGGGAAGAGCCGCGACGACGCGUACCAUUAAUUUCCCAUCGCGUCGUCAAGUUUUCCCGUGAGUUAAGGCCGAAAUUGAGGCGACGCGACAGCUGCUCCGUCGUGAGGGAAAGUCGCACGCGACGUCGCGCGGUCUAAAUAAAAUAUGCACGGGGAUAAAAGUGCCGGCUGCACGCCCGGCGAAAGCGCAACGGAAUUCCUUUAAUAAAUCGCCAUCGUGUCUCUCUCUCUCUCUCCCCCCCCCCUUCCUUUCUCCACGCGCGCUGUAACGGCGUGUCUUCGCGUGAGGGACUAUUAAACACUCGAGUGUCGAGGGUCGUCGCGAUCGUAGCCGUCGUCACGGGAAUCGAUCGAUCGGCUCCCGUAAGAUCCAAGAGUGCCGAGGAGUACAAGCUGUGCCGGAAGUGGUUGGAUGUUUCGCGGCGAGUGCUCCGAAAGGUCGUCUCUUUUCGUUGCGUUCUCACCCACCCGGCUUGAUUUCGUGCCAUUGUUUCUCGGCUCGGUGUUCCACGUGGACAGCCAUUUCCUCGAUCGUGUGCACUUCAAAAGGAAGAGGAGCGCGCAACUUGUUUGGAGGAUUUCCAUGGAAUAGCUACUCACGAUGACCGGUAUGAAGUUUUUUCGCGUCACCCUGGCGCUCCUAUGGGGCACGCAAGCUUUGUGCGCGCAACCGUCGGCGUCUCCCACCGUGAAGAGCACCGGUGGCUCCAGUCUCGCUAGUGUAGUAGCUGGGAGCAAGCCGACAAAACCCUGGGACAAGCCCCACUUCGACGAUAUUGCACCGCGAAAUGUCACUGCCAUCGUCGGCCAGACGGCGGAGCUGAAUUGUCAUGUCAAGCAUUCAGGCGAGCGUAGGGUCUCCUGGAUACGUAAAAGGGAUUUGCAUAUCUUGACGUCGGCGAUUCAAGUUUACACGGGAGACGGAAGAUUUUCCGUUCUGCACCCCGAGACGACCGAUCAGUGGACGUUGAAAAUCGAGUACGUCCAGGCGCGGGACGCCGGGGUUUACGAAUGCCAGGUUAACACCGAGCCCAAAAUGAACUUAGCCUUCAUGUUAAAAGUCGAAGAAAGUGCCCCUGUCCCUGCCACCACCACACCGAACGCCAUUCAACGGACGUUCAACUCAGCUGCUCAGGCGAAAAUCCUGGGGCCGGAAGACGUCUAUGUGAAGAAGGGUAGCACGAUAAGCCUCAUGUGCACCGUUAAUGUGCAAAGUACACCGCCCAGCAGCGUUUCGUGGCAUCACGGAGCAGCCGUGGUGGAUUUCGACAGUCCCAGGGGCGGGGUUUCCCUGGAGACCGAGAAAACGGAAAGCGGCACGACGAGCAGACUACUGGUGACACAGGCCAGAUUGACCGACAGCGGAAAUUACACCUGCAUCCCUAGCAACGCGAACCCAGCGAGCGUAAUGGUCCACGUGCUGAAUGGCGAGCAUCCGGCGGCGAUGCAGCAUGGCGGCAGCUGCGGAGUGGCCCCGACCAUUCUACUCGCUAGCAUCACCCUCGUAGUCGCGAAUCUGCUAAGGUGAGCAGCCGUGUUGUGAGCCGAGCAUCCUCUAACGAGAGAAUAAGUAAAACAAAGAAAGUCAGACAUUACACACCACGGUCGGGAGGACGCCCAGAGAGUGAACGCGGUGAUCCACUGUCGCAAAUAUCGUCGCACGGGACACGCGCUUCUGGUAAAAACAGAACAAACAAAAGAAAGUCGCUCGGCCGACCGCGAUAGAUCGAUUUCGCUUCGCGUGCUGUUGUCACACGCUGCGCGUAUUCGUUCGUCGAGUGCUCGGGAGUGACGACGAGAGGAGUCGCAGUGCAAACGAAGUGCAGCGGACCAAGCUCUGUGAGGGACGCAGUGACGUGGCGGACGAUCCUUAGUACGUACGUUUUUAACCGAAAAAAGAAAGAAAAAAAAACAAUCAACAUACCACACACAGAAAUAGAAAUCCUUCACAGACUGCCCUUUCUUUUGUAAGAAACCGUCGUCGCGCGAAAUGCGUCUCGGAAUGAAACGUCUCGGGGGGGAUUAUUCGCGACGCUUCUGACGCGUUCGAAGGUUCGCCCAAAGCGGGCUCUCCCGCACUUGUGCUUUCGGUAUCGUGAAAUCGGCGUGUUAAAAGUCGCCCCAACGAAUCGGCUCAACGAAUAAAGCCUCGGGGCUUUCCUACCUACGACGGCGAGGAGAAGCGCUCAUCUCGCGAUUCUCGUCCCUAGGAUUUGCGUUACCUUGCGUCGAUGACCAGCGCGACGCCGAGUUUUCUUCCGACAGAUCGCGAUUCCCGAUGUUUACGAAUAUCAAGUAUCGUUGGCUGGAGCCGUUCCCAUGGUUACGGAAAUGAUUAUUACGUCAAAUCAAAGUUUAUAACGUAACGAUCGUCGAGACUAGUUGCGUGCUGAUUAUCAAAUAGCGGAGGUUACUGUACAUACAAAGCGAGAGUGAUGCGAAUAAACAUGUAGAGGACUCGUCGUGACUUUGUACAGUACAAUGCACGUGCGAGAGAAUUGUCACGUGACCAACCAAUCAUUUUCCGUUGCUUGGUCUGGGCGACACUGUACAUAGCUUGUAUCAUUGACUAUUGAUAUGUGUACGACGUGAAUUCGAGACGACUCACUGGCGUCUCGAUGGUCUUGAUCUUGAGCGCGCGUCGAGAUAUGUUCUGUACAUCUCCUGAAUUAUACGCGUGUUAGUGGUUUUGCCCGAAUUGUUCGGUUGUUGGUUUGACUCGUGCGAAAUUCUAUGCGAAAGUGUAAUACGUUCUCAUCGUCAGGAGCGUUUACAGUGUAUACGGAAUCGUUAUCCUGCGGAAAGAAAUGAGAUGCCUGCGGCAACUGAUAAUUUUAGUAACGACAGAACUCUGAAAAAGGAAAGAGGCUUGAUGAUAUCAAGCCUGGGUAAUAGUUACCAGAUGCCUCGGUGAAACAGUUUCAACUGAACGUCUAGAUAAAUACAAUUAAAUAAUUUACCGAGUUUUAAUCACUCAUAAAUCAAUCAAUUUAAUCAAUAUCCCAUUAGUUAAUUUUCAAGUAAUCUUUCUUAUCACCAAAACUUAGUAUCUCUCUGUUGCUCAAAUUUAUUGGUUGCUACCAAUUUAUAUAAUAUGUGUCACCAAAUAAUGUGUUUUGAAUAAAACCGUAUUGUUCAGUAAUACUCAUCACAUUGUGUGGUAAGUAUACGAAGGGUGACCAAAUACUUGGGUGCUGAUCAAACUAUUCAUUAGUUAUUACCAAAUUAUUUGGUACGAUUUUUUUGUUAAAUCUAGUUGAUUGAUUUAACUAGAUGAAGAAUUUACUUUACGAAUUAUUUUUUAAUUAUCACCAGAUGUUUGUGUGUGGUAACUAUUACUAUAUUCGACACUAAUUACCAAAUAUUGCACUAAAACGUUCAACCAAAUGCAUUUGUUAACUAUUACAAGACUUUAUUCAGCGUAGAUAGGUCUAUUCUCGAUAUGUUUCUGUUUGUUUAUUGCAAACAGGGAUUCUUCUUGUCAAAUGACUCGUUAGAGCGAGCGAGAAAGAGAGAGAAAGACAGAGAUGUGUCUUGCUUUGUCGUUCGAUAAUCAAAACGCUGCUUUUAUGCAGAAUAAAAUGUUUCUCUUCCAAAUACAUCGUUUCACUGCCAGAAAUUCGUUCGAGCUCUGCAUCGAGUAAUUUCAUUUCGAAAAUCAAAACGCGUCAAAAUAAACUCUGAUCAAACAAAGUGUAAUCCAAGUGGACAUCAACGAUCACGGACAACGGACGUUAUAGAUUAAAGUGUACUAAAGAUGGAACUCGUGUAUAGAUAAGUGAGUAUGGAAAAAAAACAUACGUACGUAUAAUUAAAUGAUAGAUGAGUAACAAGCGUUCGUUAUGCAUUAAGGUAAUAUUAAAUGUCGACAUGCGGAAAGUACGAUUCGAAAGAUCGAGCAAGUACACUGAGGAAAGGAAACACUUGAAAAUUUAUUCACAAGUUACAAAGUUUACUCUCUCACAGAAAUAAACUUUAUAUCUCACAAAUAAAUUUCCAAGUAUCCUUUUCUCAGCGUAUGAAAAAGUUACAAGAGGUUCCUUUGCAAAACUAAUGGGUGAGGAAAAAGUCACCUUUUUUCAUUAUACGAGUUUCUCAAAUUUCCUUUCACAAAACGUCGGUUAAUCGUUCCUCGUGCUUAAAUCCGUGCUGUAAAUUGCACAAAUCGUUCAUAUUGUGAAGCGUGAAAGUCUUAUCUUUUACACGUUUUUAAAAUUUCAUUUAUAUUUCUCCCACAAGACAUCAGCGAUAUUUUAAAUAUGCAUAACAAAACUUCUUGAAAAGAAUGACGAGAGCACUCGCUGCGUUUUGCAAGUGAACCGUGUGUACAUAGCCGUCGCAAUUCACCGUUAAAACUUGGAACUUUAGGUCGAUGUUUCGUUUCGCCAAUUAAUGUUAAAUUAUAGGGCGAUCUUUCGGUGUGUCGACUCGAUCUCAAAUUUGGUAUUUUCGUCGAAUUACUUUCGCGAACGGUAGAAACGCCUGAUCGUUCGUCUCUCCGCUCACUUGGCGAGAUCGAUGAAAUCUCGAUCGCCGAAAUACCGUCGAUCGGUUUUGUUCCCGUGAUCCUUCCGGCCCCCCAUUAUCUCGAGGCGAGAAAAUACGAGAGAGAAAGCAAGACCCUAGAUCUGAUCACGUAGUAAUCCACAUUGCACGUAAUAUAGGAUCUAGCGAUAAAUCACUAGACAGUAGGUUUAUUACGAUAUACAUACAAUUGUAAUGCGAGAGAGAACGGGGAAAUAUAUCAUAAUAAUUAACGUAUUAAGAUGCGAUCUAUCUUAGAACUCAUAGAUUUUUUAUAACGUUGUAACUCAGAAAACACAAGUUAGGAUCUAUCUGUUGUUGGAGAUUUCUGCGUCGAGCAUUUCUGGAACUCUUCAGACCGACGCAGUCAAAAUCGGCGGAGGAAUGUGUCGCCACUGUUUCGCGCGUACACUUCACCGAUGAUUUACGCUGAUCUAAGAGAAACGACGAGAAAACUUCACUCGCGAUCGCCGGCCGGAUACGCGCUCUGAACAGGAAUUGCGAGUCACACAAGUGUAGGAGGGACUGAUCGACGCGGUCAAAAUCAAAAAGUUUUUUUUUCCUUUUCUUAUCUCUCCAUGAAUCGCGCGAAAUCUCGUCCCUAUCGAGCGAUCGAUACGUACGUCCGACCGAAUACAAAAAUGUCUAAUCAAAUUUAAUUCAAUCAAAAUUCAUUCGCGGUCGCGAUGUUUCCCGUUUCGACGUUUUUCGACACGAAUCUCGCCGUGAUUUUUCGCAGCGAAUGUGGCUCAAUUAUAAGACUUAAUAAUACAUUCCUGUGCGUACGAAGAGUGAUCAAACAGAAAAAUAUCGAGAGAAAGUGAGAAAGAGUGAGCGAGAAAGAGAGAGAGAGAGAGAAA